CAAGUUAAGAUUUAAGAUUUACUUAUAAUAAAUUUUCAGAACCAUUACGAUUUCUUACUAGUUCGGAAAUGAGUAAGAGAAAGUUCAAAGUGGAGGCCGAAUCGGAUGAAGCAUUCCAAGAAUUAUUUCAACCGGAAUAUCGAGGUAAAAAGUUGACCGAUGAGAUUAAUACGGCCGAUGACAAAUGGAACUUAUUACCGGCUUUCUUAAAAGUUAAAGGAUUAGUUAAACAACAUUUAGAUUCAUUUAAUUAUUUUGUAGAUGUGGAUUUAAAGAAAAUCAUUGGAGCCAAUGAAUUAGUACUAUCAGAUGUAGAUCCAGAAUUUUAUUUAAAAUAUUUAGAUAUUAGAGUAGGUCAUAAAUCAUCAUCAACUCCAGGAACUAAAGAAGUUAUAUUACCACCUCAUGAAUGUCGAUUACGUGAUUUAACAUAUUCUGCACCUAUUUAUGUGGAUGUAGAAUAUACUAGAGGUAGAAAAAUCAUUAUGCAUAAAGAUUUAGAAAUUGGUAGAAUGCCAAUUAUGUUAAGAUCAAAUAAAUGUAUACUUGAUGGAAUAACUGAAAAACAAAUGGCAAAAUUUGAUGAAUGUCCAUUAGAUCCAGGAGGAUAUUUUGUUGUUAAUGGAACAGAAAAAGUUAUAUUAGUUCAAGAACAAUUAUCAAAGAAUAGAAUUAUUGUUGAAGCUGAUGAAAAGAAAAAUAUUGUUCAAGCAUCAGUUACAUCUUCAACUCAUGAACGUAAAUCUAAAACUUAUGUUAUUACCAAGAACGAUAAGAUUUAUUUAAAACAUAAUUCUAUUGGAGAAGAUAUUCCAAUUGUCAUUGUAUUAAAAGCUGCCGGAAUUACAUCUGAUUUAGAAAUUUUACAAUUAGUUUGUGGAUCUGAUCCUCAUUAUCAAGAUUUAUUUGUGGUUAAUUUUGAAGAAGCAGCUAAAUUAGAAGUCUUUACUCAACAACAAGCUUUAAAUUAUGUUGGUAAAAGAGUUAAAACCAUUAGAAGAGCUGGAGCCCCUAAAUUAUCUCAAUUACAAGAAGGUAUUGAAGCUAUUGCAACAACAAUUAUUGCUCAUAUUACCGUCUCGGAUUUACAAUUCCGAGAAAAGGCCUUAUAUAUUGCCACUAUGGCAAGAAGAGUAGUAAUGACUAUGUAUAAUCCAAAAAUGGUCGAUGAUAGAGAUUAUGUUGGUAAUAAAAGAUUAGAAUUAGCCGGACAAUUAAUGUCAUUAUUAUUUGAAGAUUUAUUUAAAAAGUUUAAUUCUGAUUUUAAAGCUAAUAUCGAUAAAAUUUUAAAGAAACCAAGUAGAACUUCUGAAUUCGAUGCUUUAUUAUCAAUUAAUAUUCAUUCUAAUAAUAUUACUAUGGGAUUAAAUCGAGCUAUUUCAACUGGGAAUUGGUCAUUAAAACGGUUUAAGAUGGAAAGAGCUGGGGUUACUCAUGUUUUAUCUCGAUUAUCUUAUAUAUCUGCUUUAGGUAUGAUGACUCGUAUUUCAUCACAAUUUGAAAAAUCAAGAAAAGUUUCUGGUCCAAGAGCUUUACAACCUUCACAAUUUGGUAUGUUAUGUACUUCAGAUACUCCAGAAGGUGAAGCAUGUGGUUUAGUUAAAAAUUUAGCAUUAAUGACUCAUAUUACUACUGAUGAUGAAGAAGCUCCAAUUAAAAAAUUAUGUUAUGUAUUAGGUUGUGAAAAUAUUUUAGGAAUUGAUUCUGCUACAUUACAUUCUUUUGGUAAUUAUGGAAUUUAUCUUAAUGGUACAUUAAUUGGUACUAAUAGAUUCCCAUCAAAAUUUGUAUCUGAUUUUCGUAAAUUAAGAAGAACCGGUAAAAUCUCAGAAUUUGUAUCUAUUUAUACUAAUUCUCAUCAAAAUGCAGUUCAUAUUGCAACUGAUGGUGGAAGAAUUUGUCGUCCAUUAAUUUUAGUUGAAAAUAAUCGUCCUAAAAUAACAGCUGAUCAUUUAAGAAAAUUAUUAGAUGGAGAAUGGGCAUUUGAUGACUUUUUAAUUCAUGGUUUAGUGGAAUAUUUAGAUGUUAAUGAAGAAAAUGAUUCUUUAAUUGCUUUAUAUGAAUCAGAUAUGGAUAAUGCUGAAUCUUUAUUUACUCAUUUAGAAAUUGAACCAUUUACAGUUUUAGGAGCUGUUGCAGGUUUAAUUCCUUAUCCUCAUCAUAAUCAAUCACCGAGAAAUACUUAUCAAUGUGCUAUGGGUAAGCAAGCUAUUGGUGCUAUAGCAUAUAAUCAAUUUAGAAGAAUUGAUACUUUAUUAUAUUUUAUGGUAUAUCCUCAACAACCAAUGGUAAAAACCAAAACCAUUGAAUUAAUUGAUUAUGAUAAAUUACCAGCUGGACAAAAUGCAACAGUGGCAGUUAUGUCUUAUUCAGGUUAUGAUAUUGAAGAUGCUUUAGUAUUAAAUAAAGCAUCUAUUGAUAGAGGAUUUGGUAGAUGUCAAGUUGUUCGUAAAAAUACUAUCCAAUUAAAAAGAUAUCCAAAUCAUACAAAAGAUGUUGUAUCUGGUAUGAGAGUUGAUGAAGAUGGUAAAGCUAUAUUCCCUCAUCAAGCUUUAGGACCAGAUGGACUUGGAGAAAUUGGUGCAAGAGUUGAAAAUGGUCAAGUUUAUGUUAAUAAAUGUGUUCCAACCAAUGCUGGAGAAUCUGUAUUAGGACAUAAUGAACAAAGUCCAAGUGCAGAAAGUCAUAGAGAAACUCCUGCUUAUUAUAAAGGUCCCGAACCAUCAUAUGUUGAUCAAGUCAUGAUGUCAGUAAGUGAUAAUGAUCAAGCAUUAAUUAAAGUAUUAUUAAGACAAACAAGAAGACCAGAAUUAGGAGAUAAAUUUUCUUCAAGACAUGGACAAAAGGGGGUAUGUGGUAUUAUUGUUCAACAAGAAGAUUUACCAUUUAAUGAUAAUGGAAUAUCUCCUGAUAUUAUUAUGAAUCCUCAUGGUUUCCCAUCUCGUAUGACAGUUGGUAAAAUGAUUGAAUUAAUUUCAGGUAAAGCUGGAGUUUUAAAUGGAUCUUUAGAAUAUGGUACAUGUUUUGGAGGAUCUAAAUUAGAAGAUAUGUCAAAAAUAUUAGUUGAAAAGGGUUUUAGUUAUUCAGGUAAAGAUAUGUUAUAUUCAGGUAUAACUGGUGAAUGUCUUCAAGCCUAUAUUUUCUUUGGACCUAUAUAUUAUCAAAAAUUAAAACAUAUGGUUUUAGAUAAAAUGCAUGCCAGAGCAAGAGGUCCAAGAGCAGUAUUAACUCGUCAACCAACAGAAGGUAGAUCAAGAGAUGGUGGAUUAAGAUUAGGAGAAAUGGAAAGAGAUUGUGUAAUUGCUUAUGGUGCCUCUCAAUUAUUACUUGAAAGAUUAAUGAUAUCUUCUGAUGCCUUUGAAGUAGAUAUUUGUAACAAAUGUGGAUUAAUGGGUUAUAAUUCAUGGUGUACUACUUGUAAGAGUUCGGAGAAUAUCAUUAGAAUGACUAUUCCUUAUGCUGCCAAGUUAUUGUUCCAGGAAUUAUUAUCCAUGAAUAUUGCUCCAAGAUUAAAGCUUGGAGAUAUCUUCUAGUAUGUACAGUAGAUAGAUUAGAUUAACGAAUAAAGCAUUAUAGAUUAAACGUAUGUAUAUA